GCUGAGCCCACCUGGCCUCAGUUUCCCCUCUUCUGAGAAGGAGGAGCCAUGCUGUCCGGUCUCUGGCUCCUCUGCAGGCACCUCAGCUCUACCCUGGCGUCCCUGAUCAGAGCGCGCAGCUUCACUCCCUCAGCGCGGGCCGCCGGGUGCAGCCCAGGGCUCCUGGCCGUCACCCCCAGAAAACUGCUAGCCACCGCGGCCUCCUCGGGAGACUCCGCCAGGCCUCCUCGGUUGCGCCAGAACUUUCACCCCGACGCCGAGACUGCGAUAAACUGCCAGAUCAACCUGGAACUGUACGCGUCCUAUGUGUACUUAUCCAUGGCCUACUACUUUUCCCGGGAUGACGUGGCCUUGAACAACUUCUCCAGGUAUUUCCUUCGCCAGUCCCUGGAGGAGAGAGAGCACGCAGAGAAGCUGAUGUGGCUACAGAACCAGCGAGGCGGCCGGAUCUGCCUACAGGACGUCAAGAAACCUGGCCAGGACGACUGGGAAAGCGGGCUGCAUGCCAUGAAGUGUGCCCUGGUCUUGGAAAAGAAUGUGAACCAGUCCUUGCUAGAAUUGCAUACUCUGGCUUCGGGCAAAGAUGACCCCCAUUUGUGUGACUUUCUGGAAACCCAUUUCCUUCAUGAGCAGGUGAAGUCUAUCAAAGAACUAGGCGACCACGUGCACAAUUUAGUUACCAUGGGAGCCCCGGAUUCUGGCCUAGCCGAGUACCUUUUCGACAAACAUACCCUUGGAAAUGAAAACAAGCAGAAGUAAGCCACAGGCUGCCUUUCCCACAGCUCAGAGGGGCCUGAGACCUGGAGUCAAGUGUCUCCUGUUUCUUCCCUUUAAAACCUUCCAUCUUUACACUUUUCUCCUGUUAUGUUCUUCCUCCAGUAAAGUAAUAUUUAGAGAAAACAUACUGAGCCCGUGUUAACAAUGGCUUUCUGCCAGCAUCAAGCUACUAAUCUUUUCCCGGGCUGAAAGAUAGCUCAAGAUACUAUAGUAAUGAAAAAAAAGUACAAAAAAAAAAAGUGCUCAUAUAUUACCAAAUACCAAUUACCACAUAUUAUACCUAUGAACACACUCUAAAAUUCCAUGACUUUUAGUUAACCAGUGCCUGCUAUUUUCAAUAUCCAAAAGGCUAAAGUGAGAAAGCAUGUAUGAUAUCUAUAAAAAAAAAAAAGACAAAUAACUGUGAGACAAAGUGCUGUAAAAAUUUACUUGUAAAAUUCUAUGGCAACCUUUACCUUUUCUCAGUGUGUUCAAUGAAAUAGCCAUGUCUGGCAAUCAUCUAAUUUUUAAAGACUUCAUAAUCAAAUAAAUUGGGGAUAAGUUUUACCAGGUAUCAGUGAUGGUAUUGGAGAGUCAGUGUGUAUUACUAUUUUAAGGGCUCUGAG